AUGUCAGAGGCUAUACCAAGAAUUGAUGGGAAAUUGUUGAACAGCUUUAAAGGAAAAAUUGUUCGAAUUAUUGGGCGAUUUGAGGAAUUUAAAUCGAGUAGCAUUGGUGUGUUGAACAGUUUGAAUAAUAAUGGAAACGUUAUAAUCAAGAUACCAAAUAACUUGAAAUUUGAGAUCAAUAAAUACUAUGAAAUAACGGGAAAGGUGAAUGAUGAUUUACAAAUCCAAGCAUUGGACAGUAUAGUGUGUGGGGAUACGAUCAAUGAGAAGGCAGUUGGAGAGUUGGUUAAACUUAACCAUCAAUUGCCCGAGUUAUUUUACUAA